GUUCAAGGACACCAUGAAGUUGUUUGUAGUGUUCGGCGCACUUUGCGUCUGUGGCACAUUGGCGGCACCGCAGAAGGAGGUGGAAUUGCCCGCCUUCAUGGAGAUCUGCUACCGUGACAGUCCCGAGCUGGGCAACUGUAUCAAGAACAGCAUCCAGCGUAUGCUUCCGGAAAUGCAUACUGGUAUUGAAUCGCUCGGCUUCCCAUCGCUCGAUCCGUACGAGUCCAAGAGCACCUAUAUCGACUACAAGCGCAACCAAAUGUCGGCCUCGCUUCACGUAAAGAAUGCCAAAACGUACGGCAUGAGCAAGGCCCAGAUUCUGGACGUACGGGCGACGGCGUCCGACAAGUUCAUGAACCUGGCCGUCGAUGUGCGCUUCCCGGAGAUCGUUAUGGAUGGCUACUUCAAGGGUGAAGGACGCUUCAACAGCAUCAAGCUAGCUUCGAAGGGUUACUUCAACAACACGAUGACUGACGUUACUACCACCUGGAUGAUGUCGGGACACGUGAAGGAACGCGACGGUGAGGAGUACCUGGAAAUUGAAACAUUCGACAUGAGCCCCGAGGUGGCCAACAUGAAGAUCUACGCCACCGGUCUUUUCCCCGAUCCAGAAUUGAACCAAAUUGCUCUGGAAUUCGUGAACCAGUACUGGCCAAUGUUCUACAAGGAAAUGUUGCCCAGCACCCGGCAGGUAUGGGAACCGGUAAUGAUCGAGCUGGUAAACAAGAUCUUCCUGCGCGUUCCCUACCGACGACUGUUGCCCAAGCAGCAACAGUAG